AUGUGCCUGCUGCCCUCAGUCUCUGUGCAGGACCACACACUGGAAGACCUGAAUGUUAGAAUCCUGGCACACUGGAAACGUUGGAAGACGUGGAUAUUGAGCCCGCUGUUGGAAGACUGGGUAACUGGUGGAAGACGCCAAGACGCUGGAAGAUGUGGAGAUGCCGGAAGACGAGCAGAUGCUGGAAGCCCUGGAGAUGCUGGAAGAACUGGCGACAUAGGAAGACAGAUUUUUCUGGAAGACGCAGAUUUCCUGGAAGACGAGGGUAGGCUGGAAGACAUGAAUGUCCUGGAAGCCGUUGAUUUGAUGGAAGACAUGGAUUUUCAGGAAGACGUGGAUAGGCUGGAAGACCUCGAGGUCUUGGAAGACGUGGAUUUCCUGGAAGACAUGGUUUUUCUGGAAGACAGUAGAUUUUCAGGAAGACCCGAAUUGUCCGGAAGACCUGGAUUGCUUGGAAGACCUGGAUUACUGGAAGGCAUGGAUUUUCAGGAAGCUGUGGAUCUCCAGGAAGACAUAUACUUGCUGGAAGACCUUGAGUCCGUGGAAGACAUUAAUUUUCUGGAAGACGUGGCUUGACUGGAAGACCUGGAUUUAGUGGAAGAGAUUUUUGUCUGGAAGACGUGGACUGACUGGAAGAUCUUGUGGAUUGUCUGGAAGACCUUGAAAUCAUCAGAAGACAUGGAUUUUCUGGAAGACAUGGAUUUCCUGGAAGAUGUGGAUUUUGUGGAAGACCUAGAAUUGCUGGAAGACUAAAUUUACUGGAAGAUGUGGAUUUUCUGGAAGACAUAGAUUGUCCGGAAGAUGUGGAUUUUCUGGAAGACUGGGAUUAGCUGGAAGAUCUUGAAGAUGUCGGAAGACUUGGAAUUGCUGGAAGACCUGGAGUUGCUGGAAGAUCUGGAGUUGCUGGAAGACCUCGACACUGGUGCCAUUGGAAACCCUGGACAUUGGAGACAUUGGAAGCACAGGGUGUUGAGGACACUGGAAGCCUUGGCUUUCGCAGACAUUGGUUAUGCUGGAUAUUGGUGAUUUUGAAGCCUUGAAUGUUGGAAUUCAUGGAUAUUAGAAGGCAUGGAUACUAAAGGCCCUGUACUCUAACGAUACUGCAAUUCAUGUACCUGGAAACCCUAAUGAUAAAACAAUAUGAACAACUGAAUAUCUAAACAUUUAAAAUCUUAGGUCAGAUGCCCUUGGAUAUUGGGGCACAUUGGAAAGCCUGGAUGUUGACAUAUUCAUUUUAAAAGAUAUAGAAGUUGAAAGAUGUCAUAUUCAUGAUGCUAGAAGUCAGGGUUGUUGGCAGCCAUGGACAUUGGGAAACAAAGACAUUAAGAGAUUAGGAUGUUAAGAGACAUAAUCAUUCUGACAUUGGGUAUGUCGGGAUGCCUGACUUCUAGGAGACCAGGUUCUUAAAGGUACUGACUGAAAGAAGUGGGUAUUGGAGGAACUGGUGAUAACAAGACAUUGUAAAGUUAGGAUUUAAGAGAUAUUAAAAUUUGUAGGAAAUUAAUAACGUAAGUGCCAGAAAAUAUUGGACAAGGACACAAUUAAAUACAUGGACUCUCAAAGACCUAGGUAUAGGAGACAUUGGAAGACUGGGAACACAAGAGGAAUGACAAUUAGAGCUCUGGACCAUGAAAAACAAAAUCUGAAUCUUGAAGACUGUUGGCUAUAUUCAAAGACUUAAGACUUUCAAUGACUAUUUGGAAGAUGAGAGCAGCAUUGGAAAUGCUGUAGGUCAGAGACUGGAAGCUGUGAAUACCAUAACAUUCAGAAGAUCUGUCAGUUGGAGAUAUUGGAAGCUAUGGAGCUCAGAGGACCUGGUGUUAAGAGAUGAUGAAGAGUUGAAAGGCAUAACCUUAGAAAUACUGAAAGUAUACAUGGUAAAAGAUAUUGGUAAUGUUGAAAGACUUUCAUAUUAGAACCCAAUGUUACAUUAGAGACAUAAAAGGCUACUCUACUUGUUGG